AUGAAUGGAGAUUCCAGAUCAUCUGCUGGAGUUGAUAGUGCUUUGAAACUUCUAGAUCCAAUGUGGAAAGUGCAGCAGCUAGCUGAUCCAAUCCACUUAGGUCAGAGUCAGUUUCGUAAGUGUUACAAAGCUAACUUCAGUCCCGACAUGUUUACUGGGUCCACCCGUGAACAAAAGCGUGAAGCACAGAAGGUAUUCAGCCAGGAUAUGAAAGCAAGGUGCAGUUUAAUUAUUAAAGAACUGAUGAAACUACACACUGGUAAUAUCGGUGUACUGAAACGAAACUUACCAAAGGUCAUGCAAUCAACACUUUCGUGCUACAGUGGUGACUGUUCAAAGUGUUCGCGGUACUCGGUCGUCUGCAGUGGAGGAAUAACGAACAACUGGUGGCACCGAUCCAUGUUCCUGGGUACACACAGAAUCACUAAGAAUGUGAACUAUUCACGAACGAUGACUGGGAGAGCUGCAUCCACCAUCCACAGGCUGAACAACGCCCCAGGAACAUCGAUGAUAGAAAAGUGCAAGUACUGUGGCAUCGAACUGUCAGCUCGGGUGAGGCGUUCACUGCGUCAGAUGGACAAAGAGUCGGACUAUCAAAAAAGAUAUCAAAACAAUCCACAGGUGGUUAAAAGGCACAGUCAAAGAGCAGACAACUCCUGUGACCACAGUUAUUCAAAGUAA